AACUCCAAUCUGAUAGAGGUCACCUAGAAGCGGAAGAAAAACAGAGCAUGGGUCAAAGAUGCCGGGAGUUCCGUCCGGACGAGGCUGCGAUGCAUGUCGCACGCAAAAGAAAAAAUGUGAUCUUUCUCAACACCCUUGUCCACGAUGCAAGAGGUUGAACAUCCCCUGUACAGGCCAGGGUCAGCGACGAUUCAAGUUUAUGCAUAAUAACGGGGAAAAAUCUUCGUCUUCCCCGCCUUCAUCGAGAGAAGGGAGCGUCAUAUCAUCAGCGACAACGAGAGGCGGCACAGAUAACAGCCCUCAUCAGCAUAGUCAACGUCGGCCGCUGCAAGUGUCUCCACACUUCGCGACGAUGCCCGUAAGAGUACGUCCGGGAUUGAACUGCGAGCAAUCUCGACUCGCCAUUUCCGUCAUAGACAAGAUCAAACCCACCGUCGGAAUCAGGUACAACCUCGCAUGGACGUAUGGGGAUUACCUCAACGAUCUACCCCGCCGGCUCGGUACGAACGUGGCGCUGGACUCUGCGACCGAGGCCUUCUUGCUCGCCGUGAAGCGCUCCAUGAACCGUCAGGAAGUGGCUGCUCCGAUUGUGCUGGAGAGGUAUGGUGUCGCUUUGACCGCGCUCCGGAAUUGUCUGGAUGAUCCGGUCAAGGCUCGGGAGCCGGAAACGCUCGGUGCGAUUUUGCUCUUGAUGAACUGUCAGCAAUACAUUUGGUCUCCGGUCAAGCUUGGGCGUGGUCACGUCGAAGGUGCAGCUCAGAUCUUGAGGUUGCGGGGUCCCCCGAAACAGGAUGAUCCUUUUGAGAGGAAUCUUCUGCUGUCCCUCAGAGCUGUUGUGCUCUUCGAAUCCAUCUUCACCGAUCGAGUCGUCUUCACGGACAAGGAAUGGAUCGACAUGUUCGAUAGGAAGCUGUACUCUCUCUCACCAGAGGGUCAAACAGUGCAAUGUAUGACACGAUUAGCAAACAUGAUGAGAAAGGCAAGAACUGUCCUGGAGGACGACAGUGCGUCCCAGUUCGAGCAAGUCGUCAUCCAGCAUGAGGUCCAGGGUCUUUACCAAGAGAUCCAAACUGCCGUCGGCACUUUGCGAGAAAGGUAUCAGAAAUACAAAGGUGAUAUGGCGUCCAGCGAAUUUGUCUGGAAUGACAUGUCCGAUCUCAUACAUUGUCAUACCAUACGGACGUAUGCACUGGGACUCGGAAUUACCGUCUUCGUCAAUGAGUUGCGUAUCGCCGUGUGGCCGGAUCCUACAGAGAUCCUGCAGGAGUCUUGUGCGCUUGCGUCGGAGAUUACGAACUUGGCUAGGGAAGGUUGCCGAUAUAGGCCUCUUGGAAGCAGUGCCUUGGGUAUUUGUCUCAUCGCCGCCGAAAUGGCGGCUGUUGACGACCCGAUCCUCAAGGCGGAUAUACGAGUGUUGAGGCAUGAUUAUGCAAUGGACUAUCGGGACGUGGAGUUUGAGCAGCUACCCGUCGCCGACGUCGGCACCUUGGUCUGUGGUCGUCAGUAUUCUAGAGCUCUGAAGAAGAAGAAUGCGGUUGUUGACUCGAGUUCGAGUUCGACUCCUGCUUGA